AUGGCAACGUCGACGUUGUCGACUUUUACAAAAGCAUAUACGCAGCCUACUUUUAUUGAUACGGACCGGGUUUUACUUCGCCCACGGCGUUAUGAACGUGUCGCGGGAUUCCUCGUCCUUGUCCCACUUCUCCCGAAGCGGCCGCCGUUACCGGCUCUUCCAGCUGAGAUAUGGCGUAGGAUUCUGACCUUGUCUGGGAAAGAGCCGACGUGCGCAAAGUGGGACUUAGCCCUGAUCUGCAAGGAUCUGAAGAAUGUUGCUUUGCCUCUCCUUUAUUCUGAAUGCAAGAUACGAACAAUUCGUACGCUAGAGAAGUUCACCCACCACCUCCACUCCUCGGACCAGAAAUGGGAUUCCAUUCGUCGAAUACCAUAUUCUACGCCAGGUAGAUGGGUUCAGUCGCUGGAUCUGUCCGAACUCGACGUUAUGUCGCGCUCUGAGUUUUGCCGAGUCGACGAGCUGCUGACGACGUUGUUCUCGCUGCUUCCUUUUCUCUCACGCUUGGAACUCAGUUUGUCCAUGCAGCUCAGCCGUCGUGCGAUGGCGUCCCUCGGACUCAGAGAUGGCGCUCAAAAUUUACGUGUUCUAACUGGGAUCAAAUAUGAUGCUACGACGGUACUCUCAGGAGAGGACCCCUUGACUGAGCUUGUGGCUCAUUGUACCAGUUUAGAGGAGCUCGAAGUAGUCGGUGUCGGGAUGGACGACCUUGACACCGCCCGCUCUUCCGCCGAACUCAGUGACCGUCCCUGUCCGCCACUGCACCUUCCACGGUUACAUACAUUAACCAUCCUUGCGACUCCGACGUCGCCGCUACUCAUUCGACUAACUCAUAGUCCGUUGCCAGCGCUCCAGUCUGUGGUUGUGACGCCAUACGGCGACCUUCAGCGACCUCAGUCGUGUAUCUCAGAAUUCCUCAUUGCGCAUGGACAGUCUAUUCGAACACUUGUCCUCCAUACGCCCAAAUCCUGGCCAAUUGUACGAUUCCCGCCUCCCCGUACGCUUUUGCACCUUCUUCCUAAUCUCAGACAACUCUCCUUGGAGAGCUCCAGUCUUGUUCUUGAUUCUCCUUCGCCGAAGUCAUCAGAACACCCCCUAUCGUCAAUUUGGAUCUCGCGUCCUACUGCGGGAUUGCGUGAAGAGCUGAUACGUGUUUUACCGUAUAUACCUCGUCUGCGUGAGGUGCGUGCAAGAGAUGUACGCUGGGCGAAACGCGGAAUGUCUGCCCGUGCUAGGGAGGCAGGUUUCCAGGGUGAGAUGUAUGCAUGGCGGCAUCUUCUUGCACCUCGUGGUGUUAAAAUGCUUGAUGCUGAUGGUCAUGACGAGGCAGGAUGUUGAGUUUUCGAGAUUCGAUUUGAUGUCGGUGGACUUACGCUUUCAUGCUCUGCAUCUAUUGCGAUUGCGAUUGCUGUUAAUUUCGUAUUAUGCUCUCACAUUGGUUCCUCUUGAUUUCUUUACCUUGUUCAUUAUGCAAAGUAACUCCCCGAUCCACAUACAUUUGCCAAUCUUAAUAGUAUACCCAUCCAUUGUAUUUGCAUAUGUUAUCCAAUUAUUGCUAUGUUCUACGGU